GACCAGAAGCCAGAAAACAGUAAGACUAAUAGCAGCUUUGAGUGGACAAAAGAUACUGUUCAAGACUGGACGUGGGCUCAGGAAUUAGGUUUAGUCGAAUAUAUGACAGCAAGGCUUGGAGGACUUGAUCACAUAUACACACCGCAGGGCCAGCGCAGUCUUUCUGGAGUAUUAGGCAGUUUACAGGCACUGUGA